AUGCGGUCAGCGAUCGGUGUGCCGAUUAUUGUGGCUUUCCUGUUUUUUGUGCAAGGAUGCGAAUCAGUUGGCUUCGCUCCUGAGUUGUACUGUGGAUUGGAGAACUGUUAUGAUGUUCUUCAAAUCCAAAGGGAAGAAUUUGACAAACAGAAACUAGCAAAGGCUUAUCGAGCACUCGCAAGACAAUACCAUCCGGAUAGAGUUAAGAAUAAGUACUACCGUCUCCGAGUUGCACCCAAAGUAGACGUCCGGAUUGUUAUUGUUGGAACGAUUCUCGUCAUUUCACUUUUCCAAUUUCUUUCUGCGAAACACAAAUUCUCAGAAGCCAUUGAAUAUGCUACGGGUGUUGGAAAAUUCCGUAACAUGGCAAUCAAAGACGGAAUCGACAGAGGACUUCUCGAAAUGGAUAAAAACGGAAAGCUAAAGAAGAUCAAAGGAGUGGACAAUGAUUCCGUUAUCAAACAAAUCAUAAUUGAAAAUCUUGAUGUGACGGGCGGGUAUAAGAAGGAAUCAGUCUACGAUACUCUUGCAUGGCACACCAUCAUUUUUCCACUCACUAUCUUCCGCUAUUUGAAAUGGACGGCUCAGUGGUACUGGAGAUUUUCUGUAAAGAAAGAAGAAUUAGACGAAGAAGCAAAAUUUUAUCUCAUCCGAAAAUAUCUUGGAGUAUCGCAACUAGAAUUUGAUCAGCGUUUCACUGACGUCAAUAUUGACGAUCUAUUCGAAAAAGAAUGCUGGAUCAAAGCUAACUGUGAGAAAUGGAAAGCUGAAAAGGAAGCCGCGGAACAAGAAAAAAUGGCUCAAUCAGGUCGGUACAAGAGAUACAAAAGAUAUAUGAAGAAUGCUGGAACUAUUUCGUUCGUCGACGAAGAGUGA